ACCAGCAUCUCAGUUAAAAAUAACUGAAAUCAAUUAACUGUUCAGCUAGUUGCUGAAGUUUAACAGGUGAUUUUGUGCAACGUAUUUUCGUGGAUCUGAAACAACUCGAGGACAAACUGAACUGUAAAAAAAAAAACACCUAAGAGGCAAACUUGCUAUUUUGCCAGAUGCUUUAUUUGCCUUGCUGAAAUGCCGUAUUUUCUUCAAUACCAAUUGUGGUAACCAGAAUUGGACAUGACCAGGAGAAACUGGCCAAGCUCACAAAUGACACAGUUGCUUGCUGCUGUAAGUGGACUGGUCACACUACAAACUGCAGCUACUACAACACCUCCUCCUGUACCACCACCAAUGAUGCCUCCAGUGCUGCCAUUUCGUGCCUUCAAACCUGACGCUGGUCAGAAUACAUUGCCCAGCUCAAGGCGCACUUCGCAGCAUACAACGUACCAGGUUCACUUUGAAGAUGACUGGACGGUAUACAGCUCAUAUAUUAGAAGAAGUCGAAUUUAUGCAGCUGCACAACCAAAAUUUUACGGAACAAUGUUUGCGCCCCGAAAACAUGAAGAUGCACAAUAUUAA